UAAUGGUAGUCUAGCUAAGGGAAAGAAUAUUCAGAAUGUUUUACGCGCAUUUUGUGCUCGCUAAGAAGGGUCCUUUAUCCCGGAUUUGGUUAGCUGCUCACUGGGACAAGAAGCUAACCAAGGCUCAUGUGUUUGAAACUAAUAUUGAGCAGAGUGUUGAGGGGAUCAUACAACCAAAGGUAAAGAUGGCCCUGCGUACUAGCGGUCAUCUUCUACUGGGGGUGGUCAGGAUAUACUCAAGGAAGGCUAAAUACCUCUUGGCAGACUGUAAUGAAGCUUUUGUCAAAAUUAAAAUGGCCUUUAGACCAGGUAUGGUUGAUUUACCGGAGGAUAAUAGAGAGGCGGCAAUGAAUGCCAUCACACUACCAGAGGUUUUUCAUGAUUUUGAUACAGAGAUGCCAGACUUAAACGAUGUAGAUAUACAGGCUCAGUUUUCUAUGAACCAGACACGAGCUGAAGAGAUCACCAUGAGAGAAGAUUAUGGAAAUAUAACUCUUGACACAGGAGAUGAUGGGUUUGGUGAUGUACCCUCUAUGGACCCACGAACUCCGGAGAUGCUUAGAGAUGCCUCCGAGAUGGAAAACGAUUUCGGAGGAGAUGCUCUUAGUCUAGCUCAGGAGACUGAAGGAACCAGGGACUAUUCAAUUGUUGACCAGCAUUCAAUAGCUGGGGACACUGCUUCAGUAGCUGGCCACAGUAUGGUGGCUCCUAGCUCUAUGUUUGGUCGAGAGUCUGCUAAAGGGAGACCCAUGGGUUUAGAUGAUCCGAUUCAGGAUGACGGGUUUGGAGGAAGUGUUACAAAUGGACAAGAUAUGUUGGCCGGAGGACUCUUCGAGGACGGUUCUCUCUUUGAGGAUGUUCCUCCAACAAUGUCUCCCAGCCAUGCACCAAGCGAGAGUAUGGGAACCUAUCAUGAUGCUCCGUUCCCAAGUGUUAGAAGUCCCUCCAGCCCAAGUAUUGGAGGCGGAUCCAGACCUGCCACGCCCAUGGAGGACAACAUGUCUCCACCUUCUUCUCCAACCCCUUCCCACCAUAGUAUGGCGAGCCACGCUCCCUCCCUGGCCCCCUCCCUAGCCCCGUCUGUAGCCCUCUCCCACCACAGUAUCAGGAGUUCAAGAAGUUCUGUCCUACAGGCACAUGCAACAGAACAACAACGCAAGGAACUUGAAGCUCAAGACACAACUACCCUGCUCCACAACGAGGAGGAGAGUUUUGCUUUAGCACCGGUAGAUGUCAGCGCUAUCAAGGGAUUUACCAGAGCUAAAAGGAAGCGCAAGCUGAUUGUUGAUGAAGUGAAAGCUAUAACUGGAGAAGAGAUGAAAGCACAAUUGAGUGAUACUUCCGAAAUUGUCACAACCCUAGAUCUGGCCCCGCCUACUAAAAGAUUAAUGCACUGGAAGGAGACGGGUGGGGUAGAGAAGCUGUUUGCUCUGCCAGGGCGGAAUCUGCAUAACCAGGAGAUAUUCAAGAAGUAUCAAGCUAAUCUCACAGUCAAGCAUACAGACGCAGAAAAGGAGGCGAUAGAGAAGGAUGCAUCGUUUGAACAGGAGAGAGCUCAGGAGUUUCAGGAGCCUAUGCCAGUCAAAAGAGAAACGAGAGGGAAGAAAAGGAAAACUCCUGAUUAUGAGACAGAAUAUUUCAAACAUCAGGAGGAACUGAUUCGAGCACAGGAAGAGAGUGCGAGGGAGGAGAGGGAGAGAAGGGAGAUGAGAUUACAGGAAAAAGCUCAAGCUGAAGCAGUGGCAGCAGUUGCUCCGUCAGUUGCUUCUGCGGCCUCGGAGGGUGAAGAUCCCCAGCUGGAAACUACUAAUAGUGUUCUACAGACUCCUGGAGGAAUACCUCCUCCUGAUCAUACUCCUCUACACUCCCCACCACAGGAUAACGGGUUCGGUAGCCCCGAGUAUGGAUCUGAAGAGCGACAAGGUAGACCUGUGUACCCGCCCGGUACACCGGUACAUAACUACACUACACCGCUUUAUCCUCCCGGUACACCUGUACAUAACUACACGACACCUGUACAUGAUCCAUCCUACCAGGAACCCUACCCUACUCCUCCCACAGCUCUACCUCAGGCAGAUUUCACAGAUCAAUGGGUUUCUCAGGCAGCUACUGCAACAGCUACAGGUUCAAACACACAGUUGUUACACAUAUAUGUACUAUGGAUGAGAAGGAUGAAUGAAGAAUGGUUUAUAAUGAAUAAUAAUUGA